GUUUAAGACAAGAUUCAUGUCCGGAUUCCCGGUUCUACAUUUUUCGAUUUAAUCGAUUCAAAAUGCAGCAACUGCCUGUGUUAGUAAUACUAUUGGUAUAUUUUGUAGAUAUUGGUCAAGCUGCACAAGCACAAUGUACAAGACCCGCAAACACAUUUAAAGAUUUUUACAAUGAAUCUCAGGCUAUCGGAACCACAGUGUGGACAUAUCAGGGCUUCGACAGUGAUGGUGAUACCAUUAUUUUCUACUCCAUUGGAAGUAUUGCACCUUUUAGGUUGUCUACUGGUGGAACCCUUAGAUUGAAUGCUGCCUUGGAUUUUGAAUCUGCUGAUGAAUACAUCCUUGACAAUAUUUAUGCGAGAGAUGGUACCACUUCAAAAUCCAAUGGAGACCGGUGUAAGACGAUAACUGUCAUCGUAACGCCCGUGAAUGAAUUUGUACCGGAGUUUGACCCCCACAAUCAGACUGUCAGUAUUCCAGAAGGGUCCCCACAAGAUACGUUUGUAGCUGGACUCAUCUGCACUGACCAGGACAAAGAACCAAGUGGAUGGUCUGAAGGUUGUUCUACAGUAACCAUCCUGUCUGGGGACGAUUCCAAUCCAAAGUUUAAAUUCAAUUCAGCAUUAAAUCAAAUUCAGACAACUACCAACGUCAUCGAUUACGACACUGGUGACGUCACCUACACACUUAUUGUGAUUGGUAAUGACAGCUCGACACAUGAUCCCCGUAAAACUGGAACGACGACGAUCACGGUCAAUAUUCUCCCUGUGAACGAAUUUACUCCCCAGAUAAUGGACCAACCACUAACAUUAACAAUCCGAGAAGAUACUCCUGUAGGUACAGAGGUUCUAGCUGUGAACACCACAGACGAUGACGGGGGUCACCAUGGUGAAGUGACGUAUGCCAUUAUAGCUGGAAACACAGACAACACAUUUCUAAUAAGUCGGGCAACAGGAAAGAUUUACCUGAGAAGUCCAGUCGAUUUCGAGUCUGCCAAAGCAAUAACUUUCUUAUUUACAAUAGAAGCGACAGAUGGCGGAGGUCUCUCCACAACUGCUGUUGUUGACGUCACAAUCACUGACGUCAACGACAAUAUACCUAUAUGUUCCUCUCGGGAGUACAACGUCAGUGUCAGCGAAGAUGUGGCGAUCGGGACUACGAUUCUUUCGAUGAACUGCACUGAUAGAGAUGCCGGAACUGCUCUAACCUAUUUGAUCUUAGAUGGUGGCGAUGGCUUAUUCAAUAUUUCAACUUCGGGUGACAUCCAGACGUCAGCAGCGCUCGAUUAUGAUAGUGGUACAUUUAUCUACUAUAUGUCCAUACAAAUAGCAGAUGGUAUUCACAAUACAAAGGUAUGGGUCUUGGUCCAACUUCGUCCUGUAAAUGAAUUUGACCCAACGUUCACCAAUCCAACGACCAAUGUGAACGAAAUAAGACCAAUUGGAUAUGAGAUUAUGACGUAUACGGCUCAUGACGGUGACGCGCCACCACAUAGUGUGACGUCAUAUAAGAUACUGAAUGUGCACAAGGGACACAUCACAACGUUUUACAUGGAUAAAACAUCCGGAAAGAUAUACUUAGCGCAGAUAUUAGAUUUUGAAAGCAUUCCACAAUACAAAAUCAUUGUCCUGGCAACAGACGGCGGGGGACGAACGGGUACGGGAACGAUUACAAUCAAUGUAGAAAACACCAACGACCACGCUCCUACCUGUGUGACAUCAGUAAAAAGUUUCACUCUAUCGGAAAGUGCUGCUUUGGGUUAUGUGCUGAUGGCAGAUUUAGGAUGUUCAGAUCUCGAUAAUGAUCCUUUGACUUAUGCAUUAAUUCAAGUUCCGACCGACAAUACAUUUGAAGUAGAUAAUGUUUCCAACCAACUCCGAGUGAAAGGUGCCCUUGAUUACGAAAGAUCUUCAUUUUACAGCAUUACAAUUAUUGUAUCAGAUGGAUCGUCGUCUACACGCUUGAAAAUUGUUGUCAACAUCCUAAACGAAAAUGAAGAUGCUCCUCAAUUCUUACAAUCAGUUAUCAGCACCGUCGUCAGUGAGACUGACACCAAUGGGAAGUCCGUAGUCACUGUGUCUGCUAUAGACGCAGAUAACGAUCCUGUCACGUACUCUUUUGUUGGCGUAUAUCCGAACUUUAGGAUCGACUCCAAAACUGGAAAGAUAUUACUUAGAACUUCCAUAGACAGAGAAACGGAUCCCACUAUUGAUCUCUAUGUUAUAGCCUCUGAUGGACAGAGAAGUUCCACGGCUACGGUGUCUGUAACGGUUGAGGAUGUUAAUGAGAAGCCGAUAUUUGCAAAUUCUAGUUAUAGGUUUACAGUGGCGGAGAAUACAAUAACCGGAACUGAUAUUGGAACUGUUCAAGCCAUUGAUGUCGAUGUAGGACCAGCCAAUGGACAGGUCCGUUACAGAAUUCUCUCAGGGAAUGAUAAAUCGUACUUUCAAAUUGACAACAUUACUGGACGUAUCACGGUUGCAACUCCAAUAGAUUACGAGGACUUGGAAACAGCAUUGUUGGUCGUUGAAGCGUCAGACUUGGGAUCUCCAACAUUAUCGGGGGUGUGCACAGUCUCCAUUCAAAUUCUAGAUAGAAAUGAUAACGCGCCGCAAUUUUUAAGUCCUACUCUACAGGAGCAAGUUCCCGAGGAUGCACCUCUGGGACAAUCAAUUAGUCAGGUGUUUGCCUCUGACAAAGAUUCGUCCACUGAUGAGAACAACAAGGUGAAUUAUCAGAGUUCUUCAGCAGUGCCUUUCCAGGUGGAUUCAGAAAGUGGUAUUGUCACAGUUACCGGCAGUCUGGACCGAGAAACCAUUCCAUGGUAUCAGAUGGUAAUCACUGCCACGGACAGAGGUACACCUCGUUUGACCGGAAGCCUGACACUAGAAAUUAGUCUCACUGACGUCAACGACAAUGACCCAGUUGUAACAGGGGUCUACAAAACUACAGUACCGGAGAACGCUCCUGAACACUUUGUGAUUUUCGACAUCAAUGCUGACGAUGCUGAUGGAGAGGCAUUUGGGAAACUUAGAUACGAGAUUAUAUCUGGGGAUUCUAAUUCGGUAUUCAAAAUAGAACCAAAUACGGGCGUUAUACAAGCUGCUUCACCGCUCGAUAGGGAGUCUAUAAGUCAAUAUGAAUUAGUGAUAAAAGUAACAGAUAAUGGAAUUCCUCCUCGGUCGACUUUUGGUGCUGCAACAAUCUAUGUAGGGGAUGUCAAUGACGUUGUUCCUGUAUCGUUAAAUUCAUCGUAUGAAUUUUCUGUCCUCGAAAACGUUACAAUAAAUUCAUAUGUUGGAAAGAUUGUUGCUUCAGAUGGAGACUUUGGAACCAAUUCCCAACUCAAGUAUAAGAUAGCCACGUAUUGGUUGGGAUCAUCUGGGAAAUUCGGAAUUAAUGAAAUGACAGGGGACAUUUUUACCACGGGGAUGUUGGAUCGUGAAGUGGAAGAUGUGUACUCGAUAUUGUUUAGAGUUGAAGAUGGAGGAACAACCGCUCUAUUAUCUGAUACUAUCGUAAAUAUCAACGUUAAGGACAUAAAUGACAAACACCCAAUGUUUAGGCGACCAAGAUAUUCGACAGCUAUUUUUGAAAACCUUGCUGCCGGAAAUAAAGUUCACACAACAGGAGCGACAGAUGAAGAUUUGGGAGUCAAUGCUGUAAUUAAGUACGAGCUGGACAUUUCCACACAAAAUGGCUUACUUACCAACUAUUAUUUUAGUGUACACGAGACAACAGGUGAUAUUUACCUGAAAAGAAAAGUAGACCGAGAAGCAUAUGAGAUGUUCACAUUGACUGUGGUCGCAAGAGACACUGGUUUUCCACCACUAUCCAGCAGUGUCAGCGUUAACAUACAGAUAGAAGAUAUAAAUGACAAUAGACCAAAAUUUUCCCCAUUGUUCUACAAUACAGAAGCCUCGACGAUCAAUCUCUGUGACGCUACCAUUACCGACGUCACAGCUACAGAUGCAGACGUGGGAAGACACGCAGCAGUUAACUAUGAAAUGGAUGCGAAUGAUGUAUCUUUACCCUUCACGGUUUCACAACUCGGAGUUGUUAAAGCACGUUCGGAAGUGCUCUUAACCAAGUACGUCAUCAAUGUGAUAUCACGUGACAAUGGAGAUCCAGUUCUAACCUCAUCGGAUCACGCUACGGUUCGGAUAGACAGGUUUCGACCGGAAGAUGUUGUCGUCACAUUUUACCUAGAUAUGAUUUUACCCACAUUCUAUCAAAAAGAAGCUAACCUUCUCCGUCAAGUAGAGGAGGCUCUGUCUGUCGACUUUCCAACUGUGUAUGUAAGAAGAUGGUGUAUAGAAGACAAAAUCACAUCCAUAUUAGUUCACUUUUAUGCUGUGAAGAAUGGUGUUACAAAUGAUAUCAGCAACUUGAAUGUGAAAAAAGUUUUCCUAACAAAUGGUGAAUUUCUUGACGCACUUCAACUGAAUCUGAACAAACAACCAACAGUGGAAGUCAACGGGAAAACCUGGAAUGAAUAUGCUGUUGAGAAAGUAGUUCCUUAUGGAGAUAAAAUUGUUCACCCAGAGCCAUUGGUGUCCCAUCUGGAAGAGGAUAAUCAAUAUAUUGUUCCUUUAGCCGUGUCAUUUGCUCUCUUGAUGGCCGUUUUUAUUAUUGCAGCCAUCUUCGUUUACUUUGUCUGGAGAAGACGAUGGUGCAGAAAGAAGCCAAAGAAAGAUAAUGCAAAGAAGCCACGGGUUCAGUUGACAGAGACCAAACAGGAGGGACACAACAUUCCACUCUUUGAAAAAAGAGGUCAAUCCCAGGUGUCAACAAAACCUACCUCUGGAUGGGAUGAAUCAAAUUCUGCAGUUUCUGUAGUAUCUCCAGUUCCGCAAAAAUUCAACGAGGAGGCAAUCCGAGAACCGGAUAUUGAUUUAGAGAAUUCAGACAAUGUAAACACAAGACAGCUACCAGGGCCGUACAUCAACGUUCCUUUUACGGAGCGACCUGCUUUUGACACGACAUCCAAGGAUGGAAGCUUGAAGAGUGAUUUGGAGAAUGGAAUGGAAGUUCCCGAACAUCAAGUAAAGAUUCCAGUUCGACGCGGAAUAGAAAUCGUUACAGGAUGGGUAUAUGAAGAAGAUCCCCAAACUAAAGUCAGAAAAUGGAUUCACACACCAAUUGGGGAGAAGUCCGCAUCUUUCCUCCCCAUCAACAACUAACAAAAUGUAAUGUCUUUCACUUUGUGUGAAGAUUAUUUCGUGGAAACCAAACAUUUAUAAAACUCUUAGUGUUGCCUUGCAGAUAUUUGAAAUCGAUUAGCGUGAAUUUAAAAUUUUAACUAAUCUCUUUUGUUUUGACAGGAAGAUUGGAUUUUUAUUAAAAGUUAGUACAGUGUACAUUGUAUACGCAAAACUUUAGGAAUAAAGCUCAACCUUAAAGGUCUUGGAUAUGAUUAUUUAAUCACUUUGAUAACUUCAUCACUGUUUUAAAGCAAUUGUAUUCCCCGUAUCCCAAUCUGGUGUUUUUGGAUUCAAUAAAUGUAUGAAAGGGCUA